AGGACCUGGUACAUCAACUCGGUAUAAUUAUCCGUCACUUGCUCUUGCCCCCGCGCCCGCCCCCCUCGCUAUUUCUUUUUCGGCCAAGACGAGACACCCAUGAUUAGGAUAUGGAGGAUCUGCUCCUGGAGAGAAGACUGAGAUCAUCAUCUUUACUUGUGAUCUCUAUUUCUUUUUUUCGUCGUUUUCCCGUGCUAUAGUACUCCUGGCUAUAAUGUCUGAUGUCUUUAUUAAACCGUUCAGACGGUUGCAGUUCUAGUUCUUUGUGGCGAAAGAAAAAGUGAAUUUACAAGUUUACGAUCUUCUUGUUAGCAGCGGGACAACUAGAGCUGCAGAACACCAAGUGCAAACAAUAGUCCUCCUUUACGGGACGACAAGAGGGUCGUGGACCGGACAAUUUUUCUUCUGCCCCUUCUUCAGCCAGGACGAUGUCUGACCCUCGUGAGGAGCUGUUCGAGAAGCUGCCCAUCUUCCCGAACAGCCCGGUUGGGGAAUUGGGUAUUUUCCACUAUGUUUCCCAGGCCGGGCAAACGUGCAACGCCACGCCCUACUCCACCGGGCCGUGGAUUGAUUGCGCGUACACCGUUUCCGCCAUGUUGUUUAUCAUGUCGCUGAAGGGACUGUCCACACAGGCAACCGCAAACUGGGGCUGUUACUACGGCAUCAUCGGCAUGACGAUCGCGGUGUUGGCCGCUUUCUUCAGCGCGUACGUGUGCGACAACGGCGUGUGGCUUACCUGGGUUGGUGCGGGACCAGGGAUCAUCAUCGGGCUCCUGAUGGCCUGGAAGGUCACCAUGAUCCAAAUGCCACAGCUCGUCGGCCUCUUGAAUGCCUUCGGGGGACUCGCAUCCGCAAUCGAGGCCAUUGGCAUGUUCGCAGACGAACAGGCAAAGUACAAGCUCUACGUCGAAGCAGAAAGGGGUAUGGAACGGGAAAAGUUUUUGUUUUAACUUCCGGCUGUAGCACUAUCAGGGUCACAAGUUCUUGCAUUUGAAUUGAAAUUGGGUGCUGCACUCUAAAUUUUUUGUUUGAUUAUGUGCAGGAGGGAAUGUUGACUCUGAAAUUGAGAACAGAGACAUCCGAACAUUAACUCCGAAGAUGAGCCGACCACGAGGCAGCUGCUGACUACAGUGUCGUACCUAACUGUGCAGCGCAUCAGAAUGCAGCAUGGGAAAGAGUUUGUCUGCGUUGCCAAUACAGUGAUGUCCCUGAUCUUGUUCAGACGGAGGUGCUGUAUUUCCUUGGGAUACGAUAAGACGUCCCGGAGGUGGCAGUCGAUGAUAUGAUCAAAGCGAAUCCGCGCUUGGAAAACGGAACCUGGGGCAGGGGAAAGAAGUACCUCGUCAUCCAGAGCGCGUCGAUGUACCUGGCACUUAUCAUAGGUAAGUACGUCUGAAAUUAUGCCGCAUUUUAGUUUGUGCAAGAGCAGCACUGGUUUAUAUAUUGAAUAUGAAUUCAUUUCAUGUUUUAUUUCUUUAUUGUGGACCGGAGCGCGUAGGCACGGGCACGGCGGAGCUGCGAUAGAAAAAGAAAGAAAAGCUUCGUCGCUCGGGGCCACUCAGGGACACUCUAAACGGAAACUAUAGAUACUACACCCAAGCAUAGAAAAGGUCGUACCUACUAGGUAUUCGCAAACUAUCACCAUCGAACUUUAGGUUCCAUUACCUACUUCGGAUCCAUUAUUGCCUGCCUGAAGCUGAUGGGCAAAAUCCGGAAAGACUACAGUCCACCAGCGAAAAACUUCGUUUCGCUGUUUCUCAUCGCGGCGAGCAUUGCCUGUUGUGUGCUCGCGGAAGAAAUUGAGGAUUGGGGCUACGGAAGCACCGAGGGGCUCAUCAUGGUGCUCGCGGCCUUUGUAGCAACUGCAAAUAUGGCUGGGCCUGGGAAGUUGCAAUGCUAGGGUGUGAUGAACAAUGAACGGUCUGUAAGGCACAACCAUUGGUGCCUAAAAAUUACAGACUGAGCCCGAAAAAGCUUCGGAAAUUGAAAUAUUUGAGUGGCUACUGUUGCGCAUUUAGCAUGACAAAGUGCGUGUGUGCAUGGCAAGAAAGGUCACGGCCUUUUCGUGGACAGCACGCGUCGCAGAAUCUGCAGUCAUGCCUUCAGACACGCGUGACAAAAAACCUUUCGACCUCCUAAGAAGCCCAGCCAUAAUUUCCAUUUGAUACUUUUUCCUAAGCGCGGUGUGGGGAAUCCUCUUCGUCAUGGCCAUUGGUGGUGCGGAUAUGCCGGUAUAGAAGUAGUUGGACCGUUGUCGUUGAGGAUUACUGCAGCAAUCUGCACCUGCAGCUAUAAUCGCUAUGCACACAAUUGCAAUUCGAAUUCUCACAACAGACUACACCUCCUUCGUCUUUUCUACAUGUUGUGCUUAAUUCCCCAAGAAGUUCUUCGUGCGUGAUUCACUCUAGGUCGUCAUCUGUAUCCUGAACACGGGCUCGGGCGCAGCGGGUGUGUUCGCUGGUUUUAUGCUUGGGAACAAGCUUCUGGUCAUCACGGGCACCUUCGUCGCGUCCUCGGGAGCUAUCCUGUCCGCGCUGAUGUGCAUCGCGAUGAACCGAAACCUGUUCGCGGUCUUGGCCGGGGGCUUCGGCACGGGGAGCAGUUCGAGCGGCGGCGCGCAGCAGGUAUGAACUGCAAAAGUAUCGUACUCGUAUAAAUGCAUUACAAAUUUCCUCAGCAUGAGAAAUAAUAUUUGUAAUGCAGAUUUGCCUUGGGGGCAAGAUUUGUAAUGCAGGACUUGCAUUUAUACGAUACUUUUGCACAGGAUAGCAGGCUAUCGAGGGCGAAAUGGUGGAAACCAACACCGCGGAGGUGUAUCCUGAGGAAAAACUGUCUCAGUCUCAACUUGUAAUGCGCAACUUCCUUGAGACAGUUUUUCGCCAUGCUCGACCUGCAAGAGCAAGAAUAAAGUCGUCUUUCACAUGUAUUUUCCCUGGUGUAUGACGCAUCACAGGUUUCCUGUGUCAUGCUGAGCAAAUUUGUAUUGCAGCUGGUGGUCCGCAAAGGUUUGGGACUGAGACAGUUUUUUCUCGCGAUAAGGUGGCACAGCUCUUCAACACCGCGAAAAGCAUCAUCAUCGUGCCGGGCUACGGUAUGGCCGCCGGGAAAGCACAGCACAAAGUGGCCGAGGUAAGUCCUUGCUUACUACUUCAGAUUGGUUUAUACAACAUACAAAAUGCAGCUCACGGACCGAUUCAAGUACUUGUUUGGAAUGCAGAAGAGGAACAAUCUUUAAAUGAAAAAGAAUCGAGACUCGGUGGUUUUACUGUUAAACUCACAUGAUCAAAUAUCGUCUUCAUGUUCAUUAUCAACAUCAUCAGCUCACGACGCUCCUGCGGUCCCGUGGCGUGAAUGUGAGGUUCGCGAUUCACCCCGUUGCCGGCAGGUUACCGGGCCACAUGAACGUGCUGCUCGCCGAGGCGCGCGUACCCUACGACAUCGUGCUAUCCAUGGACGAGAUUAACAUGGACUUUCCCUCCACCGAUGCGGUAUUGGUUCUGGGCGCCAACGACAUCGUCAACCCGGCUGCGUUAUGCAUAAAUAGCGACAUUUUGGCAUCAAGCUCGUACUUAUACCCAUGAUCGGGAUGCCUGGAAUACCAACCGGUUAUUUUUUGCAGCCUAAACCAGCAUCAGAAACUUGCUCUUUUUCGUAUGAACAAACGGGUCAAAAUUGUCAUGCAAGUAUUACUAGUACAAGUACGACUAUGAUGUUCAAAGCUUUUGCAAUGCAUACACGCAGGACGACCCGACCUGUUCCAUAGCUGGCAUGCCGGUGCUGGAGGUGUGGAAAGCAAAGCGCACGAUUGUCGUGAAGCGCGGGAAGGGUUCAGGGUACUCUGGCGUGGAGAACCCGCUGUUUUUCAAGGAAAACAAUCACAUGUACUACGGGAACGCCAUGAAAUAUCCUACAGAAUGGAAGUGUAGUUCUUUCACUGUAUUGGUUUUGCAAGAUAAGCAGGAGCACAGCUUGUUGUAGUACAUGACGAAGAAAAUUUGCCAUGCAUGUGUGGUUCUCACCACGGGAAAUUGCAUUUUCUCUAGAGCAAAUCCAAAUUUACUGGCUAUUGCUUUGCAUCCAUGUGUAACAUCAGCAGGCCAAAGACUGCUGCACUGUAUCUUCUGCACAUGAUACAUCACAAGUUAGGUACAGUGAAAUGAACAGUUUUUUCAUGCGAUAUGAGACAGAUGGCGACACUGUGCGAGGAAAUCUCCAAGAUGGACCCGGUGGGCGGCGCGGGCAAGACCGACGCUGUCAAGGUCGCCGUGGACGAAGUGAAGGUGGAAGAGGAGGUAACGCUCUCCCCGCCAACGGAGCCCGGUCUCACGGUCGGCCUAGUCGCGGAGGACAGCGAGGCUUGGGAAAAGCGCGUGGCGCUGGUGCCAAGCGUGGUGUCCAAAUUGACCAAAGCAAACGUCAAGGUUGUCAUGCAGCCGGGAGCUGGUAUAAAAAGUGGCUAUUUUUUAUUUUUAGUCGUAUGCGCGUUGAAUGUGAAUCCUGCCUUGAACAAUCCAAAAAUUCCGCGGCUUUUGUUUGCAAUGAAUUGCUGGAAUAAAGGCCGUUGCGUCGAGAAUAUUUGACGCACCUAUCAUUCUGCAAGGCACUUCUCAUGAUCACGGCUUUACGUUAGGAGUCUUCUUCACAGCGUGGUAACCUCUCAGCCAAAAUUGCCCUUCUUGCGUCCAAGGCCUAGUCGGUACAUAAUUGAGGAUGAAAGUUAGAAUAAAAAUCCAGGCGCCAAAGCGGGGUACCAGGACCUGGAGUAUGCGAAAUGCGGCGCAGUCGUCUGCGAGUCCCGGGACGCGGCGAUUGCGCAUAUGCAUUGCAAAUAUGUCUGGGUCUGGAAGGAUGCAAUUUGUCAUGCUAAAUCCGAAUAAUGCGAAAAUCUGUGUUGCAUGAGGGCCAAAAGCUGUCCACUUUCGACCAAGUUGGGAGAAAGUUUCUCAUGCAGGAUCGGCAUAGCAGAGAUCUCACAGACUCUGUCAUGCUAGGUCCCGCAUUCCGGACCUCAUGGGUCACGGAGAAUUUGCAUCACAAGUUUAACUCUCUUCCAGACCCAGACAUAUUUGCAAUCUAUAGCACAGUGCUCCAUGCUAUUUACCGUCACCCCGGUGUCGGAGUUGAAAGCGUGCGAGGAAAAGUUGAAAGGCAAGUGGGUGGUUUCCUGGAUCGGAAAGUUGCUACCCGACGGGAAAGAGGUCGUGGCCAACGCGGCAGCGGCGGGAAUCAAUUUGAUCGACGUCACAGCGGUUCCGCGCAUAACCAUUGCGCAGAAGCUGGACGUUCUCUCUUCACAGGCGAAGAUUGCCGGGAACAGAGCGGUAAGUAUGGUGUAAGUACUGCUGAUGCUUGUUCUGUUUUGUGUACCAACAGCUUGGGGUACGAACGUGAAGUACGAACAUUGAUAGUACAUGUUUGCGUUGCGUAUGCGUUGCAUCUUCUUGCGGGUUUUUGUGCAAGAUAAUGAGUGUAGUUGUACCAGUUUGCAAGAACAUCCAGUUGAUCAUUCUUCAAUAUUCUAAUUGUAGGUGAUCGAGGGCGCGAUCCUGUAUGGGAAAUUCAUGGCCCCGGAAAUCACGGCCGCGGGCAAGUAUCCGCCCGCCAAGGUGCUGGUUCUCGGCGCCGGCGUCGCGGGCCUCGCUGCGAUCGGAACCGCGGUGGCGUUGGGGGCGGAGUGCCGCGCCUGGGACGUCCGGGAUGUUUCGGACCAGGUGGAGUCCAUGGGCGGCACCUGGAUCACCGUGGACUUUAAGGAGGAGGGCGCGGGCGCGGGCGGCUACGCGAAAGAAUCGUCCGAGGCCUUCCAAGAGGCGCAGAAGCAAACCUUCGCGAAGCAGUGCGAGCAGUGCGACAUUGUGAUCACCACCGCGGCAAUCCCCGGGCGGCCGAGCCCCAAGCUGAUUGAGAAGUGGAUGCUGGACAAGAUGAAGCCGGGGUCGGUCAUCAUCGACCUGGCGGCGCUCGGGGGCGGCAACUGCACCGAAACGCAGAAGGGCAAGACCUACGUGACGGAAAAUGCGGUGACGAUCUGCGGCGAACUCGAUUUCCCGUCCAAGAUGGCGCGGCAGGCGAGUGAAAUGUACGCCAACAACAUGUACAACCUGCUGGACCACGUCAUGAAAGCGAAGGACGCCACGACAGGCACCGCCGCGGACGUGCUGCCAAACCUGGUGGCGAACCAGACACUCAAACUAUUCUCGGCAGAACAUCCCCACCCCAGAGUUGUCAUGCAGAUUUGCAAUUGUAGGUAGAUUUGUAAUGCGCAUCCCCAUGAGAGGCAUUUCCAGUCGCGCUUUGGAACUUCUGAUGCUGUAAACAUGAUAAGUAGAUGGCUUUGUGAUGCGGCUGCACUUGCUAGACUGCACUACAAUGCAGAGAGGAACUUGUCAUGCGUGAGUCCCAAAGCUUCUGGAUUUGUGUUGCGAGAUCCCCAUCUUGACUCUGGGGUGCGGACGUUUUUGCACAGAAUACAAACCGGCCGCGGCGGAGGAGGGCGCCGAGCCUGCGGCCCCAAAACCGGAGCUCGACGAGGUGGUGUGCACACAGGUGAUUUGCGCGUACGAGGGGAAGGUGAUCACCAGCCCGCCGCCACCCAUGCCGUCCGCGCCGCCCAAGCCGCCUACCGCAAAGAGCGGGGACAAGAAGGUGGAAAUCGCGAAGGCCUCGCUGAUCGGCAACUCGGUCUUGCUGUCCACGCAGUUCAUGAUGUUCCUCUUCGCACUGCUCAUGCUGGGCGUCGCGUUCCUGGACAACGAGAUUCUGAUCGAACUCAUGAUGGUCUUCAUGCUCGCGGCCUGGGUGGGCUACAUGCUCGUCUACGGCGUGCACCCGGCACUGCACACACCGCUCAUGAGUGUCAGUAACGCGAUCAGUGGACAGGUUGGUGGCGUUUUUUUGAACAAGAACAAGCCUAAAAAUUGGUAAAAAUGCUGCGAGUAGAGUCCUCCGAGUCGCAACUUUAGGGGGUCAGUUGCAGUUAAGUACAGUUGAACAAAUGUUGGGGUAGCAUGCAUGUACAACGAACAGAAUGAAAAUAAAAUUUCCGCAUCACCCACCACAGGUCAUCUUGGGCGGGAUUUUCAUGGUGUCCUCCGAAAACAACGACGGGAACAUAAACGGCACGGCGAUUUUGGGCGCGUUUGCCGUUUUCAUUGCAGCCAUGAACGUAGCGGGGGGUUUUGCGGUCACGUUCAAAAUGCUGAAGAUGUUCGUGGCGGAAAAGAAAUAGAGGCUGCCGACGACAACUCUCUUCGCGAGGACAUUGUGCUCAUGAGCCACAAGUGUAACCAAAGUCUCUACAACUACAGAAUGUUGAUGUAAGUAGCCGACGAGCGCCGUCUCCCUUUACCUAUCUGAAGUAUUUUGCAAAAAGCAAAGUAGAAAUCCUGGUGCAAAAAAAUGCAUCACCGGCACCGGCAUAGAAGCUGGUGCCAGCAAUGAAUACCUACCUAAUUAUACUUUGUCAAAAUGAACAAAUGUAUUCAGUUUUUUGAUGUGUCAUAGCCAUUCCAUCAUUGUAUCCAAUGCCCCUGCCCACCACCACCACCACGCUUGCGACGAAAGGAGUUGUCGUAUGAAUCGGAGUGGUUCAUCUUGAGAUUACGAAGCACGGGGCAUUCGGGAUAUCAAAUGAAAUUGCAUUCCGUGCUGUUGAAUAGAUGCGACGAUGUAGUUAUGUACAGUAUAUGCUCGAUGUCAAAGAAUUUUUCAACAUUUUCUAGAUCUCAGCUGCAAGGACGAGAUUUACGUACGUAUUUGCUUGCAUUGAACUUACCUGAACAUGAUUCAAGGGAACCGAACUGAAGAUGGAUGAAGCAGCUACAGUAAGGACAGAGGUAUCUACAGUGAAAAAGUUUCCCAAAACCCAUUAGUUACCAGGGGGGAGUUGCACUCAUUUGAU